AUGUCUGGCGCGAAUCUUCACAAUGCUCUUCUCCGCCCGCCGAUAAUCCAGAUUCUACGCGCAGCCGGCUUCCACUCUACGCGUCCUUCAGUUCUUGAUACCAUCGCAGACCUUACCGCGCGAUACAUAAUGCUACUCGCAUCAUCAACCGCAGACCACGCUGCAAACGCCCAUCCACACGACCCCGUACCUGUGUUAGAGGACGUCUAUCAAGCGUUACAAGAUGCGGGUGCAUUGCGACCACAGCUGCGAGAGUGGGAAGAAUGGUGGGACGGGGAGGAAGAUAUACGGGGGCUGGAAGGAUUUCUUUCGUGGUUCACGGGCCCUGCAAACCGUGAGAUUCGACGUAUUGCGGGAUUUGUGCCCAGCGAAGGCGACGUUGUCGAUGCCGAUUCGCUCGAGAAGGAGGACUACCUUACUUCGCUGAAGAAAAAGCACAGUAAGACAGGAGAGGAGUCUCGAUACGCCGGUACAGUACUUGGAAAGAAUGCCGAAGAGCAUCCGGUAAUCAUCGAGGGCGGUGCUCCUACCAUCCAGGACUGGAGCUCGCAAAUGCAGUCGCGAGCGCCGUAUAUGGCUGACAGCGACUCAUCUGGUGUCAGCAGUGCUCCGAGCAACCUAUCCGAUAACGAAGGCAUGGAGGUGUGA